AUGGUAAUACAAUGCGUCGUUUUUAAAUGUUCUAACAGACAAGGAAGUAAAACCAAAGAGAAAGGUGUGAGUUUUUUUCGCUUCCCUAAAGACAGGAAGAAGAGAGCAGCUUGGAUUAGGGCCAUCAAUAGAGAUAACUGGUCUCCAAAUGAGUACAGCAGGGUUUGUUCCGAACAUUUUGUGGAAUCAUGGCACAGUGACGACCCUGCAGAUGAGAACUAUCGUCUAACCUUAUUUAAAUAUAAAAUAAAGCCAAAGUCGAAGUCGGAGACUGCCCGCAAUGCCAGACAUAGCAAAAGAAUUUUACUUCAGGCAG